AGAGACAGGGUGUUUAGUUGUUUACGAGAUUAGAGCUGGCCGAUCUGGCUAGAAACAGUGGAAAGGAUAACGAACAGUUUAUGUCGUUAAAUUUGGGUUUGUUGUGAUUUUUAAACUUGUUUUCUCCUCAGCAUCCCGUGUAAAAUUAGAGGGGCACUGGAAUUGAUAUAAAUGUUUAAAUGUAAUAUAUCUCGAUGUCGUGAGGGGGUCAAUCGAAUACUGACGAGGAAUGCGAGUGCUACGAUAGUAUGAAGUUAGAGUGGUGAAAAAAUCUCAAAUAAAUUGUGUACGAGAAUGACUGCAACUUUGUAUGCGUUUUGCAAAGAUGUUUAAUUUUGGAAACUAAAAGAUUACAAUCAAUCAAUCAUGGUGCCACUUCCAGUACGGUGUACAUUUCUUUCACUUAACUAAUUAAUUUAUUUUAUUUUAUGGGGGUUGUCUCAUGGACUCCAAAUAAUAAAUGGAGCCACAUUUUAUAAACUUCCCCCAAUCCGUGCCUGUUGGUCUUAUUGGUCCCCCAUGAUCCUCUUUUUCGUAUGUUAGUUGAGAGCUGAGUUAAUGAGAUAAGAUAGCCAGCCACCUGUCGCUGCGUGGUCUAAUCCCUUCUGGCCCAGUAGUGUUGAUGAACUUGGCGGUCUUUAAUAGCCAAGUUAUAAAAGUAUGUUGUCUUUUAAUCGAGAGGGAUUUAGCUGCGAGACUCGUUUAUUUACUGUAGAAGAAAGAAGGAAGAAAAUAUGCAAAGCACAUCGUUUUCGUUAUGUAACCCCCCACUCGUCAUACCAUUGCACUCCUCCCUAGAACUGGCUUGUAGCAUUUUACUUCAGAUUUCGAUUUUUCUUCUGAAGAGUAAGACGUCCCUCAUCAAUUCAUCAUGCCUCCAAAAAAGAGUUUCGUGUGGAAUCAUUUCGAAAAAAUAAAUGACAAAUCUACGAAAUGCAAAAUAUGCAACGCUAUAUUGGCGUACCAUCAAUCAACGGGGAGUAUGAUUCAUCAUCUGACCCACAAGCAUCCCGCAGCAGCAAAUCCACAAAGGACGACAGGCCAGCAGCCAAACCAGGAGACUCUGACUACUUUCAUGAGAAAGGAAAACUGCAGCCCAGCACGAUCAUCCAAGAUAACGACUCUGAUUGCGUCGAUGAUUGGAGAUGUCAACCUGCCUAUAAGUGUGGUGGAGGAGCCAAGUUUUAGAGAGCUUCUUCGUUACAUCGAACCGGGACACACGGCCCCCAGUCGGAAGUCGAUGACCUCACAACUCCGCCUUUUGUACGACACUAAAAAGGCAAAUAUCAAGGCGGGUUUGGCCAAUGCAACUUCGGUUGCCGUGACAACAGACUGUUGGACAUCGCGCACUCAAGAAGGGUACAUGACACUCACUGCUCAUACGGUCGAUGAGCAAUGGAAAUUCCACGCGGUGGUACUUGAAACAUCACCCGUAGUCGCCAUCGACGAGGAAGGCAACACUGUCCCUGGUCGUCACACAAAGGUCAUACUUGCUGACCAGCUGAGGCGAGUAGUUGAUGACUGGGGGCUACUGGGGAAAGUUUCAGCCGUCAUUCACGACAACGCGGCGAACGUGAAAGACAUUGGGAGGGAUGCAUUCGGGGCCAUCGAUGUCGGAUGUGCAGCCCAUACGUUGCAAUUGGCGGUAAAUCGAGGAUUACAAAGUAGUCGACACAUCUCAACUAUGAUUGGAGCUGCCAAUCGUCUAGUCGGUCAUUUCAAGCAUAGCGUUCUAGCUACAAAGGCUCUGGAAACGAGGCAAGACAUGAUGGGCCAAAAAAAGAAAAGACUCAUCUCUUCUGUGGUUACUCGCUGGAACUCCGUACUCGACAUGCUAGAGCGAUUGAUCGAGGUUCGUUGGCCCGUGUGUAGCGUCUUAAGCGACCGGAACGUAACAAAACUAGCAGACGCAACCACCCUUGAAAUGAAGGACAACCAGUGGGCCCUAGCUGAGAUGCUCAUUCCCUGCCUGAAGCCACUGAAGGUUGCAACUGCCGUCCUUUCUGCGGAGGAAAACGUCAGUUCUUCAAUAAUUCAUCCUAUAAUUUCUGGAUUGAUGCAACAUCACCUCGAUGUCAAGGACGACGACGAAGAAGCAAUUCGGAGCUUCAAGAAUACAACCAGGCUGCAGCUGGAGACAAGGUUCAGACAGCCCGACUUUCAAGUUGGAGCGGCAGCCAUGGGCGCAGCAGUAGAUCCACGGUACAAAGAUCUGGCCUUUCUACCUCAGGCGGACAGAGAAGUGGUAAAAGCGGAAGUUCGAAGAUGCUUGGGAGCUCUCCAGCAGGUCCGUGACGACGCUCAUAAAGAGAAUGGGGCCGCCGAUGACAAUGACGAUGACGAUGACGAGCAUGCCGCCGAAUUAGGAGUCAAGUUCCUGAUGGGCGCAGCUCCCGCUCCAGCUCCGAGGGAAAAAUCUGCAAACGAAGAGUACGACGAGUUUCUGGCUCAGCCGCCUGCCAAUGUAACUGUCAAUCCCCUCAUGUGGUGGCAAGGGAGUGACAAGAGAUUGCCACUACUCCAGCAACUCGCCCGCAAGUACCUUGGAAUCCCUGCCACGUCUGUGCCAUCAGAGAGGGUGUUUUCUACAGCGGGGAACAUAGUAACAGCGAAACGCAACUGCUUGUUGCCUGAGAACGUGGACAUGCUCAUUUUUUUGAGCAAAAAUAAGUAGAGACUAGAGAGCGAGAGACAAUUAAGACAUUAAUUGGCCAAGAUUUCAAGUUUGUAACUGUAAAAUACUGUCAAUGUAUUAAUUUAAUGUAACAUAUUUCAGUUUCAGUAGUUAUUCUGUACCAAAUCGAUAUAAUUAAUUUUACAUCUUUAAUAAGUUUAUUCCAGCAU